UCUGAUUCAUUCCUGCCCUGUUUUUCAUUUGGUUGCUUUGGGAAGUUUUCGUCGUUGGAUUACUAGGGUAGCUGGGAUGGAAGCCAGAGAAAUCAAGUCUCCUAUAAAUUUUUCAGAGACACCACCAAUCCUGGGCGACAAUACUGAUUCAUGUCGUGGAAAGAAGCUCGGAAUUUAUUUCUUAGAAAGUGAUGAGAGGAAGACGGCAAUUGGGGGUGGCUAUGUGGGAGGAACUACCCCAGUGAAUAUCCGUGGGAAACCCAUUACUGAUUUAUCAAGGACGGGGGGAUGGAUUGCUGCUUUUUUCAUUUUCGGGAAUGAAAUGGCAGAGAGAAUGGCUUAUUUUGGACUUUCGGUUAAUAUGGUGGCCUUUAUGUUCUAUGUAAUGCAUCGACCCUUCAGUAGUUCAGCAAAUGCGGUUAACAUUUUCCUGGGGAUAUCACAGGCUUCAUCUGUACUAGGUGGAUUUCUUGCUGAUGCAUAUCUUGGACGAUAUUGGACCAUAGCCAUCUUCACCACAAUCUAUCUGGCUGGUCUGACAGGAAUAACCUUGUGUGCUACUAUGAGUGUAUUGGUGCCGAACCAAGAUCAGUGUGAUCAGCUAUCCCUACUCUUAGGCAAUUGUGAACCAGCAAAACCAUGGCAAAUGCUGUACCUCUAUGUAGUUCUAUACAUCACAGGAUUUGGAGCUGCUGGUAUUCGGCCCUGUGUUUCCUCAUUUGGAGCUGAUCAGUUUGAUGAAAGGAGUACAGACUAUAAAUCUCACCUGGACAGGUUUUUCAAUUUCUUCUAUCUGUCUGUCACUGUUGGGGCAAUUGUGGCUUUCACCAUGGUAGUCUAUAUCCAAAUGAAACAUGGAUGGGGAUCUGCUUUUGGUUCAUUAGCCAUAGCUAUGGGCAUAUCAAAUAUGGUCUUCUUUGUUGGUACUCCUUUGUACAGGCAUAGAUUGCCAGGUGGUAGCCCUUUGACGCGGGUGGCCCAGGUCCUCGUUGCAGCAUUUCGAAAGAGGAAUGCUUCUUUCUCUACCAGUGAGUUUGUAGGCCUAUAUGAGGUUCCAGGCAUACGAUCUGCUAUAAAGGGUAGUGGAAAGAUAGCCCACACUGAUGAGUUCAGGUUUUUGGACAAGGCAGCACUACAAUUGAAAGAAGAUGGCACAAAUCCCAGUCCUUGGAGACUUUGCACUGUUACACAAGUGGAGGAAGUCAAGAUACUACUAAAAUUGAUUCCAAUACCAUCCUGCACUAUAAUUCUCAGUCUAAUUCUAACGGAGUAUCUGACACUAUCAGUCCAACAGGCAUAUACCUUGAAUACUCAUAUGGCACAAUUGAAGCUCCCGGUCACAUGUAUGCCUGUAUUUCCUGGCCUCAGCAUAUUUCUUAUCCUCUCUUUAUACUAUUCCAUUUUUGUUCCUUUGUCUCGCCGCAUCACGGGUCAUCCUCAUGGCGCCUCUCAGCUUCAAAGGGUGGGCAUUGGGUUGGCAGUCUCAAUCCUAUCUGUGGCAUGGGCUGGGGUUUUCGAGAGCUUCAGGAGAAACUAUGCAAUCAAACACGGCUAUGAGGCUAUUUUCCUAACUGCAAUGCCCAACUUAAGUGCAUACUGGCUAUUGAUCCAAUACUGCCUGAUUGGCAUAGCAGAAGUAUUUUGCAUUGUAGGUCUUCUAGAAUUCCUUUAUCAAGAGGCCCCAGAUGCCAUGAGAAGUGUAGGAUCUGCAUAUGCUGCUGUUGCGGGUGGUUUGGGCUGCUUUGCAGCCUCCAUUUUGAACAGUAUCAUCAAAUCAGUCACUGGGAAUGUGAAAGAAGGGCAACCAUCAUGGUUGUCUCAGAACAUAAAUGCUGGUAGAUUUGAUUACUUCUAUUGGCUUCUUACAGUUCUAAGUGUGAUAAACUUCUGUGGCUUUCUAUAUUUAGCAAGAAGGUACAAUUACAGGACAAAUAGCUAUUGAAGGUGGGGAAACAGCUUGGAGGGUAGCUAGCAACAAG